GCACAAAAGUCCAAAGAAAGUCGAUUUUUCCGUCCACAAUUUACGCCGAUCUCUGUUAUAUUUUAAUAUUUAAAAUCAUGGAUGUAUAGGGAUACUCAAGGAAGAGUAUGAGUCAUUGAUAUUCAUCGGAAUUGACCGGAAGUUUGAUUUCAAUGUCGGUGAACAUGCUCGGUGUUGCAGAUGGCGAACAAGAGAUGGACGAGAGAAAGGAAGUUGAUAUCCUCGUUAAGAGUCCAGAAUCAAGUAAAAUCAAGAAGUCAUCGCCUUCAAUAAAAAGCUUUUUUCUGCCAAAGGAAUCAUUAAAAAUAAACGAUGAACCUGCCAAUAAAAAAGAUAUCAAAAAUUUCUUCGUACAACAAAAUAAAUCCUUUACUGACGAAAAAACAGCUGACAUAGAAUUGAUUCAACACUCAGAUAGUGAUGAAAAUGUUGUAACAGAAUCUGAAAAAGUUGCUGAGGGGAUUGCUAGUCGCAUAGAUGCUGUAGAAUGCCGAGCUACUGAAAGUGCAGCAAAUACAAAGAUACGGGAAGAGUGUGGAAAUAUUUCUUCAAAGAAACCUAAACCAAAGUGGUCUUUGUUGUGGCGGGUAGCAAAGAAAUCUAAAAAGAGCAAAGAUAAUGAUUCCGAUUCUGAUUCUGAGGAUUUUGUAGAAUUGAGUAAAGAUGAAGAAGAAAGUAAAAAUGGUUGUAAUAAAUUGAAAAGUAGGAAAAACAAAACUGAACAAAAUGAAGAUAAUUCUUGCAACGACGAAAAGGAAAAGGGAACAGAGUUUAAAGAUGAUAAAAAACGGGAAAAGGAAGAAAGGAAGAAGAAGAGGAAGAAAGAUAGGGAACUUGGUGAGAUCUCAGUGGGAAAUGUCAAAAGUGUCGAAGUAAACGAAGAGAAUACUGUAGAAGGUGAGCAAGGUUUAUCAAAAAUGUCAAAAGAAGUUAUAGUGGAAAAAGAGGACAUGAUCGAACUUACUGUUAUCAGUGAAAGGAAAAUUGAAUCUAAACCUCAUUCAAUAUCAUCAGAUAGUCAAACUAAGGCAGCCAAGAAUGCAUUUGAUGUUCUUAUGAACCAAAGUAGAAGCCCUAUAGCAGAUGAAAAUGAAAAGAGUGAAGAAUCAGACAUGAUAGAAGAUGUUUAUUCCCCAACCAGGACAAAAGAACAGAAGAGCAAAGACCAAUUAAUUGACUGUUCUCCUAAAAGUUCACCUUUGGAAUUACCAGGAAAUGCUUUUGAUGUCUUGAUGACAAAGAAUAAAACAAAUGUAACUAGCAGUAAUUUGAAGAAAAGUCCUCAGAAAUCUAAGACUACUUCUUCUAAGUUUAAACUUAAUAUUCGUUACUCUAAACCACUGGAAUUUGAAGAUGCUGUAGAUAUUGGUGAUGAUGGUGAUGAUGAUGGCAACUCAGUUGCAUACCAAACAGAACCACAGGCAUCAGAUGGAAGUACAAAGAAAAACAAGAAGGCAGUGCCUAGUGAUACAACAGCUACAACGAAGAAACUGAAAGAAACAUCUGAUGAAGUCAAAGCACGAGGAAAAAAGAAGAGGCAAUCCCAGACAUGUCCAGAGAUAGAGCAAUCACACACAAAGUUAUCCAUCAAGAAUGCAAAACAAGAUGUCAUGGAUAUUACUUACAUUUCCAAAGAAACUUUGGAAAAGUUGGUGGAAGAACCGCGAAAGAUGACAAAGGUUAAGAAAAAGAAGAAUGACAAGACUAAGGAGAGUAAAUCAGAAAGUAUUGCAGUCAUUGAGGUCCAGGAAGACUCCAAUUCUAGCGUCCAGGAAAUACCACCAUCAGAUGUCGCAGGGGGUACACCUAAAACUCGUUCACAUUGCUCCAACAGUGAAAUAAUUUCACCUGGGAGUGAUGAUUUUGAGGUUAUGCCGACAAGAACUGGACUCAGGAAAAGAAACCCUAAGAAUUAUUCAAGUUCAAAUGAACCAGGAAGUAUUCUGGUUGAAGAUAAGAAGAAGAACAAGAAGAAUGAGAAGAAAGAGGGAAAGUAUCCUGGAAAAGAUCCUGGAAGCCCAGAGGUUGAAUUAGUUUUGGCAUGUAAAAGCACAAAGCAGGAAAAGGAACCCAAGAACACAGAACCAAAGAACCUUGCCUCAAUAUUUUUAAAGAAACCAAAAACCAUUGAAAAGAAAGAAGCAACAAUUGACCAGACGACAUCCAUCAAGACAACACAGCCCAAAGAUGAUGGCAACAGUAAACUACUGGAUGAAGUAGAGCUAAAGGCGGCCAACAUGGCAUUUAAUGCUCUCUUUGCCUCCUGUAGGACAACUAAGGCAACAGCUCCUGCUGUACAGUUGUGUCAGCAGCCUGCACCAUGGCCACAUGUUAGUCACGUGACACAGAAAGAUGACCAAUCAGAUGAGGUGUUUUGGAAGUUAAGUGAUUCUAAGAUUAAGACGUUGCCAUGGAAACCUGAAUCAAUUCAAGCUAUUCCCAAGCUAAAAACCAAAGCCAUUCAGCUUGGUGAAUUCACGAGCUCCUUGAAUCGAAACAAGAGUUCAGAAGAGUCACAGAAAGUAAUCCAGAAUGUGUCCCCCAGCGAUUGCCUGAGUACUGCAGCAGUGAAGAAAGUGUUGUCAGAAGUAGCGAGCUGUUUCCCAGGUGUUCCUAUCAAAAGAUUGUACAAGCAGUACAAGAAUAAAGAAGAAAAGAAAGAAGUAGAAAAUCUAACCCAGACUUCCAAGGAUCAGAAAGAGGAGCUCAUCUUGGGCAAUGAUGAGAAAGAUUGCUUAAGGAAUGCAGAGGAAAGAUUACAGAAACACAGAGGGAGGUCGAAAAGAAAAAAAUCUAUUGAAAGUGAUGAUGAACUAAGUGAAAAACAACAGAAGAAAGUGCCAAGGACAAAAGAAAAAGAUGAAAAGAAAAGAAAAGAAAAAGCUAAGGAAGUUGAAAAUAAGAAUGAUUCUUCAAAACGUUUGAGGAAAAAGGAGGGACAAGGGGAAGAAGAGGAAGUCUUGAAUAAAAAGAAUACAAAAAGAAAAUCCUCAAGGCUUCAGAAGCGUAGCGAGGAUGAUAAAAGCCAAGAAGAAUCUAAGAAUGAAGAAAAGACAGCUGAGUCCUCAAAACGAAAGAAACGCAAAACUAUGGACGAGGAUGAUAAUCCCAAACAAGUUGUUGAAGAAAAUGAGAAAGCAGAGGACUCCCGCUCAUCUCUUGAUGACAAGAACAAUUCAGAUAAAAAGGAAUUGUUAUGGACUGAGAAAUACCAGCCAGAAUGUUCAUCUGAUGUGAUGGGAAAUGCGUCAUCUGUGAGCCGACUAAGAUCUUGGUUGGAAGCCUGGAAAAUCAAGAGAGAGAAAACUUUGCGUAAAGAGUUAGAAAUGCAGAAAAGACUUUUAGCGAAGCAGAAAAACAAAGAUGCAAAUGAGAAGAAGCUAGCUUGGUGGGAUGAUGAUCAAGACUCUGAUUUCCAUCUAAGUGACGAAGACAGUGAUGACAGUGGCAACGAAGAGUCAGGGAUGUGUAAUGCUAUGCUGGUCUUGGGACCCAAAGGCGCAGGAAAGACCGCUGCUGUCUACGCAUGUGCGAAAGAAUUAGGCUACAAGGUUUUUGAAGUCAACUGUUCUUCCAAGAGAUCAAACAAACAGAUUCUUUCCAGACUUGAAGAAGCAACACAGUCUCAUCUGGUUAUCACCAACCCUUCAGCAAACACACCAAAGGCAUCAGCCUUUGGAGGCUUGUUCGUGAAUUUGCCAGAAAAACCAGUAAACCCUUCACCAAUGUCAAAUUUCUUUAAACAAUCCAACGAAAACCAGCAACAGAAACAUUCCAAGAAUCAACAAAACCAAAAAGGUGCUCAAGAAAAAAGUGAGAAAGAAAAGGAAAGAAAGUUGAAGGGAAACAAAAAGGGAGAGAAAGGGAAGAAUCCUGCACAGGUGCUCGGUGGUGCGAGUGAUAGUGAUUUGAUACCUGCGCUGUCAUUGAAGGCUGCAUCCCUGAUAUUAUUCGAAGAGGUUGAUGUCAUAUUUGAAAAAGACAAAGGGUUUUGGUCAGCGGUGACUUCAUUCAUGCGUAAUGCAAAAUGUCCCAUCAUAAUGACUAGUAAUGAUUCUCGUGUGGACUGUGAUGGAAGGUACGAACAGCUGACGAUCAGAUCUCCCUCCAUAAACCUGUUAUCUGCGCAUCUUCUUGUCACAGCUCUCGCCAACGAGGUCCUUGUCAAUCCAUCUGAGCUCAAAACCCUAGCUUCGUGGUAUCAAUGUGACAUCAGGAAAUGUUUUCUUGCGCUACAGUUCUGGAUUCUGUCCGGUGGUGGAGUGAAAAUAUCUUGGGAAGAGUUCUUGAGGGUCCAUAAGAAUCGAAAACAUUUAUCUGAUGUUCAGGAUAACUCAGAAAUCAAAACAGAUGUAGAAAGAAAUUUCCAGAACCCUUCAAAAGCAGGAGAAUUGAAUCAGUGCAUAGUUGAGCAGCCAUUAGGGUUAGAUGAUCCUCGUGAAGAGAGCUUAUUUUUGACUAUUGAUGAUUGGGAAACUCUUGCUAAGCAACGGGGUCAGGCUUUAAGAUGUGGACAUAACAGUGCAGCGAGUGCUUCAGACUUCCAGAAUAAAGAUUCAGACUUCGAACCUACCAAAUCAAGCAGCCACCCUCCCACAGACGAGAACACACAUACUGAUUCUAUACUCGAUACAAACGAACCAGGCGACAGUCAGUCAAUGCAACUAGCUGACAAUGAGAACAAGAAAGUUACCAUGCCCGAUGUACACUGCUUAUUGAUGGAACAUGUGUUGGGAUUGACUAAUAGUACAUAUGGGUAUGCGAAUGGUUGUAUGGAACUCUUGAAGGAUGAUAGUAUAUCUAGCGACAAGGAUUAUUUAUUCAAGACUAGAUGCGGCCUUACUUAUGACACCCAAAAGAUUGGAAUCAACCUUGUGAGCAAUAAUCUCCCUACCCUACUCCCCUGUCUACACAGCAGGUGCUCUUCUAAUUUUAGGCCUGUUACCAUGGCAACAAAAGAAACCACUGACAUUGGUAACGUCAACUCAAUAUUUUCUGAUAAAAGUAUAUUUGAUGAUGGAAUGUCGAAAACUCCAAAGAAAAAAGGUCAAGAAGAAAAUAUUGUAGGAAAGAACACUGCUGCUACUAUUUGUUCAGAACUGGCCAAUAAGGAUUCAGUUGAUGUGCCAAGUGAACCAGAUGCAGUUGCCAUGACAACAGAUAAAAGUGGUGAUGUUGGUGUUACAACACAAGAAAAAGACAGAAAGACAAAAAAAGAUUCUGUGAAAGAAUUCCAAGGAGAAGCGUUAGAGAUGUUCAGUAGAUUAGCAGAAGACAUCUCCUUCAUGGAUGCAUACAUCCCUAGUAUCACUACAGACGGCCGCAAUGACCAUACAGCGGCAUUUGGGUGGUGGCAGGCACAUGUACAGGCAGGAUUAAGUGAUGAUGUCAUCACUGUACGCAAGCGUCAUGAUUGGUUAACUUGUGAUACCAGUGCAUGUAUUCGUGGAGCUCUUGAAGUAGCAAGUCUAGAGAAUUCCUAUACAAGUUAUAAAUCAUUGACUGAGAAGAAGCAGAGUGAGGAAGAUGUUGAUAGGUAUCUGCCUUCUAUGGAAAGGAACUCAGUCCUCAACCUGACUGGAUUGAACGAGAUUCAAUCAAGCAAAUUGUCCAGUAAGAACAAGUUAUACAAGUCAGUCAGUUCUUCUCUGCCUCUAGUCACUCACUGUACACAUCAUGUGGUCUCCAUGGAUUACCUCCCCACCCUCAGAUCCAUCUGCCACACCGAGAGAUUAAGAGAACAAGCGAAUACAAAGCGAAGGUUUCUGCAUUACUUGGACUCAAACUCACUGAGCAUAAGCAAAACAUCGCAGCAAAGCUUGGCUGAUGCGUUUCUUGCACCAUAUUAAUGCUAAAAACAAUUCUGUAAAUAAAUACUACUUUAAAAUGCCGCAAUUAUUAAUGUAUAGUUGAAUUCUACACUCAAAUAAUAAUGUAUUAUUGCGAUUUUCUCAUUUUUAUUGAUUUUUCCUUUUAUGCAUUACCCCUCCUUUUAUUUCCAAAAUUCUGUUU